GACCUGUGAAGGAAUCCAGGGCUGAAUAUAGCCUCAAUCUGUAUCCUGGUGAAAUCGAGAUAAGGUGAAUGAGAACUGCUGAAUUUUCCUGCAAUUCAAAUCUCUUUUCGAUUGAGUUUGUUCCAAAUAGUGUCCAGCUGUACUUUGUUUAAGAGGAGCCUCUGGGGUGGAGGAAAAAAGCGGAGCAGAAGCUGGGAAAGGAAGUGAAAGCAUUUUUUUAGGGCUGUCGUUAGACUGCUUAAAGUGACACAUCUGGCAACUGAAGGCGGUGAGGGGGGGAAUAAAAACAACUGAAGUUUCAAAGCAGGAGGAGCAAGCAGAUUCGAGAAAAAGACUGACAACAACGUGAAGAAAAGACUGUGUCAGGAGAGGGUGGAAAUGGCUUGGAUUUCACCCUGGCUGUGUGCUUUCUCCCUAACCGCCCUUGGAUUGUUUUAUCCUGCUACUGGCUCUGGGGAAAGCAGCGGUCUAUCCAUCAGCGCAGAAGAUAAUAUCAUGGGGAAAUCUACCAACCUUGGAGCCAUUCAUCCAAGGGGAAGACAGAACCUGUACAGUGAGAACUGUGCCACGGGUUUCUAUGGCACAACUGAUGGAGCAUGUUUACCUUGCAACUGUCAUGGACAUUCGGAGCAGUGCCUUGAUGAUUCUGGAAUCUGCAUUAACUGUCAGAAUAAUACAACUGGGGACCACUGUGAAAAAUGUCUUGAUGGAUAUAUUGGUGAUGUUGUCCAGGGUCAUCAUAAGUCUUGUCAGCCUUGUCCCUGCCCUAUGAGUAUUCCUUCAAAUAAUUUUGCUGUUUCCUGUAAGAUUAAAGCCGACAAAUUACAUUGCUUCUGUCAGGAAAAUUACGCUGGAUCCAGAUGUGAAAGAUGUGCUCCUGGUUACUAUGGAACACCAAUGCUCUAUGGAAGUAGUUGCAGAAAAUGUAACUGCAAUGGUAAUUCUGAUCCCAAUCUCAUAUUUGAAGACUGCAAUGAGGAAACUGGGCAUUGCCGUAAUUGUCUGCGAAAUACAACGGGCAUCCAUUGUGAACGCUGUGCACCAGGGUACUAUGGAGAUGCUGUCACUGCUAAAAAUUGUACAGACUGUCCCUGUCAGAAAUGUGGCACAGAUGAAUGUGAUCAUGCUACUGGACAGUGUCGCUGUAAGCCAGGAGUAUCAGGAGCCUUCUGUGACCGCUGUGAGAUUGGUUAUCAUGGAUACAGCAGUUGUUCUGGAUGUUUGAGAUGUGAAUGUGCUCUGGCUUCUAAGGAUGAAUACUGUGACCCUUUGAGUGGACGGUGUAGGUGCCUUCCUGGAGUCACAGGAAAGCGCUGUGACCGGUGUCUGUAUGGGUUCUGGAACUAUGGACGAAAUGGGUGCCAGAGGUGCAAUUGUGAAGGGCAGUGUGACAGUGAGACAGGAGAAUGUCUGUCAGCACCUACCGAAUCCCCAACUGACUGCUCCGUUGUCAGAUGUGACAAGUGUGUCUGGGACUUAAUUGAAGACCUAAAAUUAUCAGGAGCAUCACUAGGAGAAGCAAGGUUGAGUGUUCUAAAUGUUAUUACUGGAGAUGCCAUUAAUAACCGCUUGCAGGAAUUCAAUAUCACAGCGAUUCACUUCAACAUGCAGAUUGCAGACAUGUUAUCACAGUCAGAAUCAAAGAAACUUCAGACAGAAGACAUUGAAGCAGCUAUGGUGGACCUUAUUGCUGAUCUCAACAUGCUGUCUGAGAAGGAAAACAUAACCAUAUCGAAUGCACAGCUGUUUGAUAAGGAGACAGCUAAAAUCAGUGACCGUGCCAACCAGAUCAAUGGACAAAUUAACAAUAUUGCCGAUUUGGUCCAAGAUAUUAUUGAAGGCCUAAACAAAUAUGGAAUUGAAGAAGAACUGUCAGCUGAGGAAAUUAGCGAAAGCUUUCAUGAGGCGAACCAGAUGUUGGAUGAGCUGAGAAACCGGAACUUUUCCAACCAGAAACCAUUGACUGAAGAAGAAAGAACACAAGCCCGGAAUUUGUUAAAUCGUGUUCAUGGGUUUUAUAAUAAGCUAAUGGAAGCCAAUAGCUCAAUUCGUAAAAUACAGGAAAAUAUUACCAAAUACAAUAAUGAUGUCUUAGACCUGAAGGAAGCACUUGAAGAUGCAAUCAAGACUGUUCAGGAGACAGAGGAAAAAAAUGAAGAAAACAUCAACGGUUACAAAAGAAAAGAGAGACUUCAAAAAGUAUUAAACAAACAUUUUGCUGCUGUAAAUGUGACGCUUAUAACGGCUAGUAAUGGCUUGAUAGAUACAGAAAUUGCGAUAUCCGAACUAGAAAAUAAGAUUGUGAACUUGUCUACAUUCCAUGCCUCAAUAGAUGGUGCUCAAAACCUACUGAGGGAUAAACUGACUAAUCUCUCAACAUAUGACAAGCCCCUGGUUCUCCGUGCUAUAGACUAUGCUGAACAGCUUCGGAAACUUGCAUCAGAAUUGGCGAAUAUUUUGAAGAGUAUUGAUGCAAAUGGAAUUGUCCAGAAGGCUAUAAAUGCUUCAAAUGUCUACGACAAUAUUGUUCAAUAUGUAGCAGAGGCUGAGGAGAAUGCAACCACUUUACUCAAUGCUGCACAGAGAGCUGAGGAUGCUGUGGAAGGAAUUCAAACACAGAGUACCUGGCUCAGAAACAGCAGUGAGGCGCUUUUGAAGAAAGUGAGGGAACUAGAUGCAACCAUGAAGGACAAUGAUAAGACCACUUUUCAGGAUACCAGGCGCCAUGUGGAUGCAGUAAUUGGCAAGAAAAAUUACACAGUAAACCGUUUACAAAAUGCUGUAAACCAGUUAGCAUUGAUUGAGCCAAGUAAUAAGAACCGGUUCAACCAAUCAAAGCUAAUUGCAGAAGAAGCAAAAGACACUGCUGAAAUGGUCCUGCAGGCUGUAAAUGAUAUGGAUGAGUUUUUGAAAGGCUGGCCUCAGAAUAUAAGUGCUUCUGCUGAAGAUGGGACUGCUUUCAAGAAGACAGUGAGCUCAGCUGGUGACUCAGUGAAAAAUUUGACAGAAAUAGUUCCAAAACUCUUGGACAAACUUCGAAUCGUGGAACAGAAAAAGCCAGCCAGCAAUAUUUCUGCCAGUAUUCUGCGAAUUCGAGAACUCAUUGCACAGACACGCAAUGUGGCCAGCAAGGUUCAAGUUUCCAUGAAAUUUGAUGGCCGAUCUGCAGUGGAACUUCAGCCAAAAGCAAACUUGGAAGAGCUCAAGUCUUUUACUUCAUUGAGUUUGUUCAUGCGAGUUCCUUCAUUAAGUGAACAAGCUCAGGGUGCCAACAAAGACAGAUUCAUCAUGUACCUUGGAAACAAAAGUGGAAAACAAGAUUACAUUGGUUUGUGUAUUAAAAAUGACAACUUAGUUUAUGUCCACAAUCUUGGAAAUGGAGAUGUUGAGAUUCCUUUGAACUCAAAGCCAGUUAGCACCUGGCCAAACUACUUCAAUUUAAUCAAAGUAGAAAGAGUUGGAAGGCAUGGAAAAAUACAACUAACUGUACCUAGCCCAGGUAGCACAGAAGAGCAAAAAUUUAUCCAGAAAGGAGCAAGUGAAGGCAAUGAUUCUCUACUAGAUCUGGAAGCUGAUAACAUGGUUUUCUAUUUGGGAGGAGUACCUCCAGAUUUCCAGCUCCCUGCCAGCUUAAACUUUCCAGGCUUCGUUGGCUGUAUAGAACUGGCAACACUUAAUGAUGACAUAAUAAGCCUCUACAACUUCAAACGGACAUACAACCUGAACACAACAGCUGAGCGACCCUGUACAAGGUACAAGCUUGCUUUUGCCCAAAGUAGAACAGCAAAUUUCUACUUUGAUGGCUCAGGCUAUUCUUUUGUACGUAACAUACAAAGGAGAGGAAAAUUCAACAUAGCAACUCGGUUCAAUCUUGACAUUCGCACACCAGCUGACAAUGCCCUCCUGUUACUGAUGGUGAAAGGGAAUACGUUCUUCAGUAUGGAAAUGCAAAAUGGUUAUAUACGCUUGGUUUAUGACUUUGGAUUCAGCAAAGGCCCCGUUGUUCUCGAGGAUACUGAUAAAAAGAAACGUAUAAAUGAUGCAAAAUAUCAUGAGGUCUCAUUCAUUUACCACAACCAAAAGAAGAUGAUCCUAUUGAUUGACAGAAUCAAUGUAAAAAGUGUUGAAAAUGAAAAGAAGAGUAUGUAUUUUACCGAUGUCUAUGUUGGUGGAGCACCUGAUCAGGUCUUAUCAAGUCUGAAGUCCUAUGUAGCUACGGAUGCUGGAUUUCGAGGUUGUCUCCGGAGUUUCCAGUUCCAAAGACGCGAUUUCAAUGUUCUAGAGGAAGAUGAGACAUUAGGGAUCAGCAAUGGUUGUCCAGAGGAAUCACUUAUGUCCCGCAUGGCGUAUUUCAAUGGGCAAGGUUUCAUCUCUUCCAGCGAAAAGAUCACACCAUUUUCAAACUUCGAAGGAGGUUUCAAUUUUAGGACAUUACAGUCCAAUGGGUUGCUUUUCUACUACAAUGAAGGACCUGAUAUCUUCUCCCUUUCUCUGAACAAUGGUACCGUCAUUUUCAAAAUGAAAGAAGCAACAAUGCAAUCAACAAAGAAACAAUAUAACGAUGGAUGGAAUCAUUUUAUUAGAGCAACUGUCUCCCCAUCAAGUUGUCAAUUAAUAGUGGACGACGAGGAUCAAACAACAGAUGAUUGUCCCACAGAAGAAUCCGUCCAUCCCAAAGGAAAAUUCUACUUUGGAGGUUCAGUCCAUGACCAAUAUGUUAACUUCACAGGCUGCAUCAGCAAUGCUUACCUCAGCAGAACAGAGAAAGAUAUUGCAGUAGAAGAUUUCCAGACAUAUGCUGAAAAGGUACAAACCUCUCUGCAUGGCUGCCCAGCUGAAACUCAUCCAGCCGCAAUUAUUCAGAAACAUCAAAAGUAUGUUGCUAAAGCCAAGAGAGGUCGAGGUAGAAAGGUGAACAGUGGUACAGCAGAAUUACGAAAAGUUUCAGUGGUCCACAGUGGAAAGACAAAAGGAAAUGACCUACAUGAAGAGGCACGCUGCUAUCUACCAACUCAUCCCAAGACAAUCCAACAUGCCCACCAAUAUGGCGGCAUUCCUAACAGUCGACAGGAGAUUUUUGGAAUCCCUGAAUAUUUCAAUCGCAAAUCCCACUUCUCUGUCAGCAUCAGAACUAAAUCUUCACAUGGACUUAUAUUUUAUGUGGCGAAUAAAGAGGAAGACCAGUUCAUGACACUUUUCAUUGCCCGUGGUCACCUUAUUUACUCAUUCAGUAAUGGCCGUGAAAAAUUGAAAUUAAGAAGUUUAGAGAAAUACAAUGAUGGUCUCUGGCACAAUGUUAUUUUCACACAUGAAAAUAAUAAAGGACGUUUAAUAAUAGAUGGUCUCCACAUUCUAGAGGGUAGUCUCAUCAGUCCUGUUUAUCCAUGGAAUAUAACUGAACCAUUUUAUGUGGGUGGUGUGCCAUUGGGAAAAGCUGCCAAAAACAUUCAGGUCAAGUCAAUCCAAAGUUUUAAUGGCUGUCUUCGGAACUUCCAGCUAAACAGACAGCGGUUGUUACCAGCAAGUCAAACAUUUGGUGUUACACCUUGCUUUGAAGGUCCGACUGAGUCUGGAACAUACUUUUCCACAGAAGGAGGAUAUGUGAUUUUGGAUGAUUCGUUCAAUUUAGGAUUACAAUUUGAGCUUGUUUUUGAAAUUCGUGCAAGAAAUCAUUCAGGAAUACUGUUACAUAUUCAUAGUUACAACCGGAAAUACCUGAAUCUCUUUAUGGAAUAUGGACAGGUAAUAUUAAAAGUCAGCAAUGGAACUGCAGAGUUUAAAACAUCAGUUUCUCCAAAGCAAAGUCUGUGUGAUGGCCGAUGGCAUCGAAUAGCAGUUAUCAGAGCAUCAAAUGUUGUGCAGUUGGAUGUGGACUCUGAGGUAAACCACUUAGUGGGGCCAAUAACGUCACACUCUUUCAGUCCCAAGGAACCAGUAUUUGUUGGAGGAGUGCCAGAGUCACUACUCAGCUCAAGACUGAGCAUGCGCCAGUCAUUCACUGGUUGCAUGAGAAACUUCAACAUCAAUGAAACUCCUGUCAUUUUCGCCAAAGCUGCCCUGGUCAGUGGAGGAGUCAGCAUCAACUCAUGCCCUGCAGUUUAAUGCUUGCAAACGCUGCUUCUGCAAUCUUUACAUAACUGCCUGAAGGAAAAUUGAUGCCAAAUCACAAUUUCACAUUUGGGGGUGCAGUAAUGUAUCUCAAUUGAAUCAUCUGUCAAGUUACUUCCUCCAUCUCAUUUCUUUUUAAUUUGUCCAUGCAUUUCUUUUACUUCAAGUUUUUUUUCCAACAAAUUAGUUAUUGGAACCAAUAAAGUUACCUUUCAGUUUGGCAUGAUCAAUUUUGAAAGCACUAAGAAUGCAAAUUUAUGUUAUCAAAGGGUCAAAACAUUAAUUCCAAAUACUGAGCUUGAAUUGCAGUGUCGAUUUGCUAAAUACCAUUAGUUAAUACUAGUGAUAAUGAUGUGACUUUGCUAUUUGUAAGAAAGAGAUGCAGUGGGUCAGAUUAAUCAAGUUUGUUAUUGAUCUGAAGGGAUCAGGUGCAAUGACCUUUACUGUCUACAUUUGCCUCAUGUAAAUAAAAUAAAAAUAAUUUCUCUACAUCCCUAUUAGUCCUCAUACUCAACCAUCUGAGUAGAAUUAUGUCAGUUCAAUUUCUAUCCAACAGGUGCUUCUGUUUCAUAGUUUAUAAGUAAUGAUCACACACCUGGCCAGUUAAAUGAUUCAUACUGGUGAUUUGGAUGCUUCUUAGUUCCUCUAAUUAGUAAAUCAAGCACAAUUUCACUUUCAUAAAGCAUGCAGACUUCAUUUGAUGGAGUUUUAUUUUAAGUCUCCUGCCAGAAUCUGCUUAAUACUGUAAUGAAUUCCAGCAUUAUGCCUGAUGACAAAUGCUAAGCAACUGGUAUAUUGUUGCCUGCUUUCUGUCUCCCUUCUGUCUCAAAUAGAAGAGAUCCAUUAGCUAUUUUCCAAUCCAAUGAGACCUUUCCAAAGUCUUGGGAACUCUGGAAAAUUAACACUAUCUCAGCAGCCUCUCAAAAAACGCUAAAUAAAGUCCAUCAAGAUCUAUGUCAGGUGUUAGUACUUUUCUCAAUAAUCUUUCCCAGAUGACUGUCGUUGCUUAAAGUUCCUUCCUCACUUUUACUUAUUGAUUUAUAAUAAUUUCUUCUGCCUUUCACAAAAAAGAUUAAUGCAAAAAUGUAGUUUUCCUAAUUUUUGUCAGUGUUUGCUUUGAUCUUCUGUCCAAACCUCAGACCUGCCAAUCAAAUUUGCAGAAUUCUGCAAUUUACUUUUCUCCAUUUGACACUAUCUUUUAAUUUUUUAAUAAUCGACAUGUCCUUCCCUGAGAGAUAUUCUUUCUCAUUGGGAUGUAUCUUUGCUGAGGAUUAUUAUUACAGAAGAAUCCCUGCAGUGCAGAUACAGGCCAGCCCAACAAGUCCACACCAACCUUCUGAAGUGUAUCCCACUCAAACACAUUCCCCUUCCCUAUUACUCUCCAUGUACCCCUAACUAACACACUCCGGAACACUGUGGCCAAUUUAACAUAGCCUUUUCACCCAACCUGCACAUCUUUGGAUUGUGGGAGGAGCACCCAGAAGAAACCCAUGUAGAUACAGGGAGAAUGUGCAAACUCCACACAGACAGUCGUUCAAGGCUGGAAUCGAACCUUCUGUGAGGCAGCAGUGCUAACCACUGAGCCACCGUGCCACCCAGAUGUGAACUAUCUGUCUAAAUCUCUGCCACUGCAUCUAUAUUGAUCUAUAUCUUAACCUACUGAAAUUAAAACAGUGCAGGAGAAACUUAGCAGGUCUGGAGCAUCAGUGAAGAGAGACAUAGUUAACAUAGAGUCCAAAGACUGUUCUUCAGGUCCAAAACAUUAACUCUGUUUCUCUGUUCACAGGCUGAUUGACAAGGUUAGGAUUGUUUUCGCUGAUGCUCAGAUGAGUGAGGGGGAAUCUCAUAGAGACGUAUAAAACUCCCAACAGGAUGAGACAGGGUAGAUGCAGGGAAAAUGUUCCUAAUGAUGCAUCCAGAACCUGACUAAGUGGAUAACUCUUUGUAUGUUAAUGUUGAUCUAUUUUACAGUAGAAAGCUAGAUUGAUUAAUGUGAAAAUUACAAUUCAUGUGAUUUGUUCCAGUUACAAAUCUAAUGUUAAAGUGUCACAGAAUUAUCAGGUAUUUGGGACGGAAAUGUUAUGUUAACAUAUAUCAUUAUCAUUCUGGGCAUAAUUUGAGUACCAAAGACAACUGUUUCCUUAUUUUAUCACAAUUGACAUUCACUUGCAAUUUUAAAUAUCAAGGCCAGAGGGGGUUCAAACCCAUUUUACCCAAUGUUGCCUUCACUUCAGUUCUGCUGCCAAUUAACAUGAAGCGGAGUGCUGCAGGGACCUCUGGUGGUAUUGAUUUGGUAUGGCAAUGUCACAAUUUUAUAAUUUUCCAUUGAUGCAUUCAAGAUUAAAAUGUAGUUUGUCAGUGACUGCCUCUCAAAAAUAAGCUCAAACUAGUAAAGUUUUGAUAUUCAAGCUUUCAAAAUUGCAUUUAACGCAUUAUUUCCAUUUACAUUUUAUGAUCAUGUUUUCACCAUAUCCAAAACCUCUGCUAGAGAUGCAUAGUCACCAAUGUACCUAGGGUCGAAAUGUUGUGGAAAAUUAGACCAGGAACCCAAUGGAUACAGAGUGAAUGGUAAUGUUUGCUACUUCUCCAAUUUCAUCUAAGAAUAACAUGGGAAUUCCAGCUGUCUGUUCUUUACUGACAGCAGUAACCACUUUCUUAUUCAAUAAAUAGAAGCAAUCAUACAGGCGAAUGUUUUAGUGAAAUGUCUGAUGCAGACAUCUGACUAAAACACAGUUGUCACAGGCUUUUUAAAAAUAUUACAACAUCUUUAUAUUGCAAAUUGUAAAUGUAUUCAAAUAGAGAAUUUAUUUUAAAAGACAGCUGACAAUCAAUUGGUUGGCCCUUUAAUAGCUGUACUUACAAGCUCCUCUGGACAUUUGCUGAAUUUUGGAUUUGCUGAUUAUUAUUGUAAAUUUGUGGAUGUUGCCCAUUCAGUAUAUAAUUACAUGUAUUGAUGGAUAUGGAACUAAGCAUUGUAUUGGUCAAAUAAUCAAAGCAUAGCAAUUCAUUGCCUUAGUUCAUGAUUGAUUUUGUGCUUUUAGAGUACAAUAAAUAAAAAGCAAAUAUGAAAACAUGGAAUAAAUAAAUCCAAGAAAUAGUAGCUUUCAUCCUCCCAGCUCACCAACUUGUCUAAACAUUGGCACUGUUAAUACAAUAAUCUAGUAUAUGAUAGCACCGCACUAGGUUCAUGUGUAGGCGGUCUGCAUUCAAGUCACAAUUUUGCUUCUUGUGAGAAUAUCUUUACUUUCUGUGUGCAUGUUUCACCCUUGCCACAGCCAUGUAAUUAAAAUGAGCUUGUCAGUAACAAAUUGAUCCACAGGGGAGGUAGCUGCCAGAAUGAGAGACAUCAGAGUCUAAUCCUGCUGCUAUGGGAAGUCUAGAACACAAGCAGAUAAAGACAAUGGAAAUAUGAUGCUGGCAUAGAGACCCAAACAUGAGAAGAAUAACCGAUACUUCAAACUUUAAUGAUGACACCAAUCUCAGAAAACAACAGGAUUCUCUAUAACAAUCAUUCAAUUUUACUGCAUAUUGUAAAAAAUAACUCAAGUAAGCAUUACUGCCCCUCCUUCCAUCACCUUGUGCCGUGCACAUCUUAACAGUUACAUUGAUAUCCAGCCAGCUUUUCUUUGUGGUUAGUGGAAUUGUAUUUGGGCACUUGGCAAAUAUACGUACAUCUACAGUUAUGCUUUGAAAAUUGCCUCAUUGUACUUUUUUUUACAACAUUGAUCUAAUAAAUUUCAGGAUCUGAUUUGCAAA